CGUGGCUGACCACGCCUCUCAGUCAGAACGCGGAUGUUGCGCCUGUAUAUAAAUGAGACCUGGGGAAACCUGGAAGAGCAGCAGUGCAGCAGCAUCAGCUCCCUCACAUCCACCAACUGGCUUCUGUCCUCACCAGGUCCUGAGCACUAUGGCGUACCACAACGAAUUUGAGACUGCGGGCAAGAAGCCCGGCCUGCAGGUGUGGCGGAUAGAGAAAAUGAACUUGAAUCCUGUGCCUUCUGAACUCCAUGGGGAGUUCUUCACCGGGGACUCUUACAUUUUGCUCCACACCACCUCUGCUCCUUCUUACAACAUUCACUCAUGGAUUGGCAGCAAAACAUCUCCAGAUGAGAAAGGGGCUGCUGCCAUCCUCAUGAUCCAGCUGGAUGGUUACCUUAAAGGAAAUGCGGUGCAGUUCGCUGAGUUUCAAGACAAUGAGUCUAACGCCUUUAUGGGCUACUUCAAGUCUGGUGUCAAAUACAAGCAAGGAGGAAUAUCCUCAGGCUUUCAGCAUGUAACCAAGGAGACUGUCAAGCGCCUGCUGCACAUUAAAGGUCGUCGUGCGAUCAGAGCCAAGGAGGUGGAUAUGUCCUGGGAUAGCUUCAACAAAGGAGACUGCUUCAUCAUUGACUUGGGAGAGAUGAUUUACCACUGGGCUGGUAGUGACUGCAAUCGCUUUGAGUGCCUGAAAGCCACUGGUGUGGCCAUUGAGAUACGUGACAAUGAGCGAGGUGGCAGUCCUGAUAUUGUCUACAUUGAGGAAGGCAGUGAGCCAGAAGAAGUCAUUAAACUGCUGGGACCAAAACCCGACCUCCCACCAGCAACCUCAGACGAUAAAUCUGCUGAUAAGAAGAACAAGAACCUGGCAACUCUCUACUUGAUUUCUGAUGCGGCUGGUGACAUGAAGACAACUAAGGUGGCUGAUAAAAACCCUUUCCAACAAGACAUGCUCUCCAACAGUGAUUGCUACAUCUUAGACACUGGAGGACACAACACGAUCUUUGUCUGGAAAGGAAAGAAGGCGAGCACAGAAGAGCGCAAGGCAGCACUGGACGCUGCAAACAAGUUCAUCAAAGACAAGAAUUACCCCCAAAAUACUAAGGUCCUGGUAAUGCCAUCUGGAGCAGAGACAGCCGUGUUUAAGGAGUUCUUCUGCAAUUGGCUGGACAAGUAUGAGACUACAGGACGAAGUAAGCCCUUCAUCAUUGGCAAAAUCGCCAAUGUGGAGCAGAUUCCCUUCGAUUCCGCCAAACUCCACGACAACAAGGUUAUGGCUGCCAUUCACAACAUGGUGGAUGAUGGUUCCGGGGAUGUCAAGAUUUGGCGUGUGGAAAAAGGUCAAAGAAUACCUGUGGACCCAUCCACCUAUGGACAGUUCUUUGGAGGUGACUGCUACCUGGUGCUGUACUCCUACACUGCGGACAGUGGCAGUAAGAAGCAUAUCAUCUACACCUGGCAAGGACGGAAGUGCACUCAGGAUGAACUGACCACUUCAGCCUUUCUCACUGUCACACUGGACAACUCCAUGAGCGGGGUAGCUACACAGGUUCGUGUCACUCAGGGCCAAGAACCACCUCAUCUUGUGAGCCUGUUUAAAGAGAAGCCUUUGGUCAUCCACCUUGGUGGGACGUCGCGUAAGGAUGGUCAGAGCAAGCCUGCCAGCACACGGCUCUUCCAUAUCCGCCUGAGCUCCACCAAAGCCACACGGGCCGUUGAGGUGGAGCCCGUCGCCUCUGCUCUGAACACCAAUGACGUGUUUGUGCUGAAGGAAUCCAACUCUGUGACACUGUGGCUGGGGAAGGGUAAAACUACAGAAGAGCUGGAGGCAGCCAAGUAUGUCGCCAGCCUGCUCGGAGGAAAAGUCACUCAGGUGGAGGAGACUAAGGAGCCAGACAAUUUCUGGGCUGCACUGGGUGGAAAGAAGGAGUACCAGACCUCCAAGACCCUGCAGACCCAAAUCAGGGCUCCACGAUUGUUUGGUUGUUCUAACAAGACUGGCAGGCUCAUAGCAGAGGAGGUGCCAAGCGAGUUCACACAGCUGGAUCUGGCUCCUGAUGAUGUCAUGAUUCUGGACAGCGGGAACCAGAUCUUCAUCUGGGUCGGGAAGGAUGCCAAUGAGACAGAGAAAACUGAAUCACUCAAAAUCGCCAAAGAUUAUCUGAGUUCUGACCCCUCCGGCCGUCAAGAUAUCCCCAUCACCACCAUUAAGCAGGGUGAGGAGCUUCUAUCCUUCGUCGGCUGGUUCCAUGCCUGGGACCCCAAGUUGUGGGACAAAGAUAUGUUGCAGCACAUUCAAGAGUGUAUCAAAAAGGAUUAGCAGAAAAACUCAAAUCUCUAAAGAUCAAAUCCUUCCUGAAGCGCUUGGAGUGGGUGGAGCGCAGAGAUACAUGGAAAAAUAAAAAAAAAGGGGUUUUGCAAAAGGUCAAACGCUGUAAUUUAAAUAACACAACAAAGCCUAAAAUAAUAUUAAUAUUAUGAAACAGGACAGAGACAAACAAAAGCUUACUAUUGCCAGCUCACAGAAUUGAAAACAUUUCGAAUUAAACGUUUGCUGGAAAGGUUUGGGGUAUUUUCUUUGAUUAUUCUUUUCAUCAUUUUAUACAUGAAUCAAACUGUAAAGUGUUUAAUACCCAGUAAAAAGUAAUGAGGUACUAUUUAGACAUUUUACACAUUUCAUAGAUGAGGCACUGGAACAAAUGUUUUGCGAACAAAAAUGAAUGUAUAUUUUUUAUUAGAUAAAAAAGAUAUGUCCCUUUUUACAGCCUGGGUUUGUCAAGUCAAAUUCUGAAUUAUAAUAAAAGCAUCACCUAUUUCACAAA